GGGGUACGGCGCGAGCGAGCGUGUGUGCGCGCGCGCGCUUAUUUCAGGAAACGCGGCCGGACGGGGCGCGAGCAGAUGGCUGGGAGCCGCACUGACAACAUGGUGACCGGGGAGUGACGAGGGCGGCGCGAUGGUGUUCGAAUCGCUGGUGGUGGACGUCCUGAACAGGUUCCUCGGCGAUUACGUGGUGAACCUGGACAGCUCGCAGCUCAAGCUCGGAAUAUGGGGAGGUGAUGCAAUUCUAAAAAAUCUUGAAAUAAAGGAAAAUGCACUGAGUCAGCUGGAUAUUCCUUUUAAAGUUCGAGCUGGGCACAUAGGGCGGCUAGAGCUGAAGAUACCCUGGAAGAACUUGUACACCCAGUCAGUGGAAGCCACACUGGAUGGAGUCUACCUGCUCAUUGUCCCCACUGCCAGUAUAAAAUAUGAUGCAGAGAAGGAGGAGAAACAGCUUCAGGAGGCACGGCAGAGGGAACUGCAGAGGAUUGAGGAGACCAAACAGAAAGCAGCGGAACAAGAGAACCCAACGCAAGAGAAGCAGGACACAUUUGUGGAGAAACUGGUCACACAGGUGAUCAAGAAUCUUCAGGUGAAGAUCUCCAACAUCCAUGUACGAUAUGAGGAUGCUGUGACAAAUCCUAAUUCACCUCUGUCGUUUGGAGUGUCGCUGCAGAAUCUCAGCCUUCAGACGGCUGACCAGAACUGGACCCCAUGUUUGCUGGAUGAGAAGUCCAAGCUGUUCUUCAAGCUUGUCCGUUUGGACAAUCUGUUUGCUUACUGGAAUGUAAACUCGGAGCUCUAUUCCAGUCACAGUCCAGACGAAGCCCUGAUGUAUCUGAGGAACAGCAUUGCAGUUAAAGGUGCAAUUCCACAAGACUAUGACUUCGUUUUUAGUCCAAUAUCAGCCAACGCUAAACUGCGCAUGAACCCCCGGGCUGAUGUGGACUUCUCAUCCCCUAAAGUGGACCUUGUGGUGAACCUCCCAGAGGUGGCAGUAGAGCUGAAAAGACCACAGUACGUCAAUAUCCUAGAGCUGCUGGGGUCCAUUGAUUUGAUGUCUCGGAACCUUCCGUACAGGAAGUACCAUCCCAAUGUUCCUGUUCACACCAAUGCUUACCAAUGGUGGCAGUAUGCAAUAACUGGUAUCCUCGAGGUGAAUGUGAAGCCUAGGCUCCACAUGUGGUCCUGGAAGGACAUCCGGAAACACCGGCAGAAGGUGAAAACCUACAAAGAGCUGUACAAGAAGAAGAUAACCAGCAAGAAGCCCACUGAAGACGUCUUAAAGAAACUGGAGGAGCCUGAGAAAACACUAGAUAUUUUUAACAUCACACUAGCACGUCAGCAGGCUGAGAUGGAGGCGAUAAAAGCCGGGCUGCGAAUCUAUCGCCCGGGUGUUAAACCGGAGGAGGAGGAGUCCCAGGGGUGGUUUGGUUGGAUGUGGAGCUGGUCUGGCGAUAGCAGCACUCAGAAGGAGGUCAAGUCAGGAGGGUUUGAUGAACUGAUGACGCCCGCUGAGAAAGCCAAACUCUACACUGCCAUUGGGUACAGUGAGACUGCGGUCAAUCCCAACCUGCCAAAGAAUUUUGAAGCCAUGAAGAUAAAAUUCCAGCUGGUUAGCAUGUCCGUGUCUAUUAAGGAGGAUAAAGACAAACCAGAAAUCAUCAAACUUGACGUCAUCGAUCUAAGAGCCAUGCUGGCACAGAGGCCUGGAGCACAAGCAAUCAAAAUAUCGGCCCAGCUGAACUCAUUCGAGGUGACCGGGCUGCCACGGAACAAGUCGGCUCCGAUCCUGCUGUCCUCACGAAGCGUAGCGACCGAAUCCAAAAAUCCACUGCUGAGCGUGAUGUUUGACACAAACCCCUUGGAUGUGUCGGCUGAUCAGUGUCUACACGUCGAGUCUCAACCGUUGGAGAUUGUGUAUGAUGCAAUGACGGUGAACAGCUUGUCAGCAUUCUUCAUGCCUCCACAAGACCUGGAGCUGGAAGAGCUCACCUCUGCCACCCUGAUGAAGCUGGAGCAGUUUAAGGACCGCACAUCCACAGGUCUCAUGUAUAUCAUCGAAACACAGAAGGUUCUGGACCUCAAAGUUAACCUUAUGGCCUCCUAUGUCAUUGUCCCUCAAACUGGCUUUUACGACUCCUCGAAGAACGUGAUGGUGUUGGAUCUUGGACAUUUCAAGGUGUCCAGCCAGAGUCGAAAGGGGCUGCCUCAGCUUUCUGCAGGUCACAGCACCAUAGAGGACAUCAUGUCCCGAGCAUACGAUAGCUUCGAUGUGAAUCUCUCCAGCCUGCAGUUCCUCUAUAGCAAGCCUGGUGGAGACUGGAAAAAAGCACGGAAGCUAAAGCAGUCUGACCUCCACAUUCUGGAACCUGUGGAUCUGAAGGUGGUCUUCAGCAGGGCCAUGGUGGUGACAGAUUCUAGGAUGCCCAAGUUUAAGAUUUCAGGCGAACUUCCCAGGCUCUCUCUUCGUAUUUCUGAUGACAAGGUGCGGGGGGUCCUUCAGCUGGUUGAUAGCAUCCCGCUCCCUGAAAGUCGUCCAGCUCCCCGUAGCUCAGGCAACCAGGCCACACCCAAGGCCCCCAAACAAUCAUACACACCCCAGCUGACCCCAAGGAAACCACCGAUGGCAGACCUCCGAUCCUCCCUCAUUUUCGAUUCUGGCUCGGAGGAGGAACUGUUCUAUGAUGCUCCCAGCUCGCCCAUUGAUGACAUGCCAUUUUUCGACGUCAGUAGCGGUUCCCUGUCACGUAGCCAGUCUGUGAAAAAGAAAUCGGUGGUUCUCAAAGACCCCAAGAAGAACAUGACCGAAUUCCAGAUGACCUUUGAGAUCAGUGAGUUCACGGUGCAGCUGUGCCGUCUAUCUAGCAGCCAUGAGAUCACCGUCUUGCAGCUGGACAUUGAGGGCCUUGGCACGGAGCUAAAGCUGCGCACCUUCGACAUGUCCUCCAACACCUUUCUCCGAGAGAUCUGCCUUAAGUGCCCCGAGUACAUGGAUGCUGAGCAGAAGCCAGUUCAACUCAUCACCACUCUGGACAACACCGAGGAGGACCUACUGACACUGGAGUACAUCAAGGCUGAUAAGAAUGGGCCAGAGUUCAAGUCCCUUUACAAAAACACAGAGCAGCUUAUAAAGGUGAACUUCUCCUCGCUGGACGUGCAUCUGCACAUCGAAGCUCUUCUCAAUUCUAUGAACUUCCUGAACAGCCUCCUGCCCCCCCAGAAGAAGGAAACACAGGAGGAGCUUCCCACCAUUCCAGAGGAAGAAGAGGAGGAGGGAGAGAAGAAGGAAGCCUCCAUUGCUAGGAAACUUUCAGCUAAGAAGUCCAAAUUUGAAGACGUAGUUAAUUUACACAUCAGAGCUGACCUGUCCUGCCUGAAGAUGUUCAUUCGUGGUCAGAAAGCACGGAUCUCGGAGAUCAGCAUUGAAGGCCUUGUUUCUGAGGUGCUGAUGAAGAAGAAGUCGGUUGAGGUCCUGGCACACUUGAAGAAUAUUGUCAUCUUGGACUGUGACCAGGAUGCUCUCUAUAAGAAGGCGGUAUCCAUUGCAGGAAAGGAGGUGUUCGACUUUCAUUUGAUCAACUAUGUGGACGCGACAGAGGGAGACGCCUAUAUGGACAUGCGCAUUGUGGACACCAGCGUCACACUUACCGUUGGCUGCAUACAGGUCAUAUUCCUCAACAAGUUUGUCUCUUCCAUUUUGGCCUUCAUCAACAACUUCCAGACAGCCAAAGAAGCCCUGGCUGAGGUGACAGUCCAGGCAGCAGAGAAGGCUGCCACUGGGGUGAUGGAGCUGGCAGAGCGCAGCACACGUAUCUCCCUGGAUGUGGACAUCAAGGCACCCGUCGUCUUCGUGCCUCAGUCCUCCACCUCACGCAAUGUCAUUGUCGCAGACUUUGGUCUUGUCACGGUCAAGAACCACUUCUACAUGGUGUCGUCCAAGACCCACAAGAAGAUCCCUCCAGUUAUCGAUGUCAUCACGGUGGGACUGAGCGAUCUGAAGAUGUACAGAACCACUUACGAAGCAGGCAGGUUCCAGAGUGAGAUCCAGUUACUUCAGCCUGUCAACCUGGACCUGUCUAUUGAGCGAAAUCUCUCGUCGUCCUGGUACCACAGCAUCCCAGAUAAUGAAAUCACAGCUCACCUCAAGCCCAUGAAUCUGGUGCUCAGUCAGGAAGACCUGACGGUGGUGUUGCGGACGCUGAACGAGAACCUGUCGGAGACAUCGGGCACCGUUCAGCCUCCCGUCCCUGGGGACAAGUCAGACACGGUGUCCACCAAGGAGUCCCAGAACUCUGGAGGGAAUACUGUAGUCACAGCAGCAGUGGUGGAGAGUCAGAAAGUGAGCAAGCUGAAGAAUACUCUGAAGCUGGACUUCAAGUUUGACUGCAUGACCCUGGUCCUAUACAGCCCCAGUGGCAACGAGGCCCGCUUGCUGGACUCCCGUGAUGAGCAGUUGAAGCUGGCAGAGUUCAAGCUGGGGACCAUCUCCACAGCCGUGCACAUGUUCUCAGACAGCUCCAUGAAGGCCUCUGUGAAACUUGCCAACUGUCUGCUGGAUGACAAACGACAGAGUGUGAAGAACAUCACCGCCAGGAUGGUGGAGAUGAAGCCGGGGGCGGAGAAGAACGUGAUGAUGGAAGUGAACUACAGACAGGGUCGGGAGGGCACUACCCUGGACACAGUGGUGCAGGACAUUUACCUCUGUGCCAGCAUGGAGUUCCUGCUCACUGUGGCUGACAUCUUUGUCAAGGCCAGCAAGGAGGGUUUCUCCAGCCCGCAGAAGGCCCCCAGCAAGGCCCCCCCGUCAUCCAGGGAGGCAGCUCCCACUCAGCCCAUAGUGGCCAGGACAGAAAUGAAUGUGGUGGUUAAAAACCCUGAAAUUGUGUUUGUGGCCGACCUCACUCGAGCCAACGCUCCUGCCCUCGUCGUAACAACGCAGUGCGAGUUGAUUAUGAAGAGCGACCCCGAAACUCAGAAGAUGACAGCGGCGAUUAGGGACCUGAAGGUGGUGGCCUGCCCCUUCCUGAGGGAGAGCAGGAAGAACAACAUUACCACAGUUCUACAGCCCUGCGAGGUUUUCUUCCAGAGCACCCAGUCCCCAAACACACCCCAGUCCAUGGACCUCUGCAUCAGCUCCCUCACGCUCAAGGUUUCCCCCAUCAUCAUUAACACGGUGAUAACCAUCCAGUCAGCCCUGUCCCCCACCGCUGAGACCCCUCAGGAACUGGAGAGUCCUGUGCCCCCAAACUUGUGGGAUAAGAAGAGUUGGCGAGAGCUGAAACUCUGGUUCCUGGAGGAGGAGAGCGAUGAGGAUGCCCUCACCGUUGCUCCACUGGUGCCCAAGGGGGAGUCUAUGCAGAUGACCAUCAGCUCCAUUUGCGUGACCCUGGAGGCUGGUGUGGGCCACCGCACCAUGCCUAUGCUGUUGGCCAAGGCCUCUUUCCAAGGUGGUGUGAAAAACUGGACCACCUUAAUUAACCUGCAUAGCAACAUCAACCUGGAGGUUCAUUACUACAAUGAGAUGAUGGGGGUGUGGGAACCUCUUCUGGAGCCAUUGGAGGAUGAGGCAAAAGAUGGAUUCAGGCCCUGGACCCUGGGGAUCAAGAUGAAAAAGAAGCCUGUGACAUACACAGCUACCUGUGACGAAGUGGACUACAGUGUUCCUGACUAUAAGACUGUCAUCAGCAUCAGCUCCAAAGACCAGCUAAAUAUCACGCUGUCAAAGUGUGGACUGGGCAUGCUCAGCAAUCUGGGCACGGCGUUUGCAGAGGCAGCCAGCCAGACAGCAGAGUGCUUCCAGAAAGACCAGGCCCCCUUUGUUAUAAAGAACUGUCUGGGUCUACCAGUGUCCGUCGUCCACAGUGAGAUGUUCAGCCCCAUCGGUACCAUGUCCCAGAGUGGAAGGGUGGAGAUGCAGGAUGGGGAUAGCCUCAACAUGGAUUACCUCCGAACCACCUCAGACACUGACCAGUUCUCAGCCAUGACCUGCCUAAGUGGAAAAAACUACUACAUACAACCCAUUCCCGAUGGCCACUCGGCGGCCAGCAUUAUUCCACUGAUCAAAGUGGGCCGUGGCAUGUACAGCGUCAUCCACAAGGACUCAGGAGUCAAGCGUUUUAUCGUCUGCCAGAUCUAUACUGUGGAAGGCAGCAAAUACGUGAAGAUCCGUUCACCCUUCCAGAUAAUAAAUCAUUUCUCAAUACCGUUCAGAGUGUUUGAGGGCUCGACACUUCUGGGGAUAGCGCUUCCAACGGAAGAGUUCUGCGUACCUCUCGGGUCCUAUAGAUCAGCCCUUAGUUUGCAGCCCCUUACGGAAGGAAAGGAGUACGACCGCUCCGAGGGGUUCAGCUACGAAACUCUCAGCACACACGUGGGCCAGUGCCUGACGCAGACCUGCUGCCGCACUCGACCCGGAAACCAUGACGAACGGGCCAUCGUGGUCAACCUUGUCCCUUUGAAGGACACCCUGAUGUCCCACAGCACUGAGGAUGCAUUUGAUGAGCCGUACAUUCUACACCUGUGGUCCACUGUCCUGCUCAGGAACCUGCUGCCAUACCCCAUAAUGUUCUCCCUGCAGGAGAACGGAAACUCACCUGUCACACUACAGGAGGGCCACUCCGCCGAGAUCCACACAGCCGUCAUGGACCAAUCGCGCCUAAAUCUCCGCCUCCUGGGCUACCUGGACCAGGACUGGCAAGCCGAGUACAGCCUGCGCCAGGAUCAGGAUGAGAUCAGCUUCAUCGUCUUCCAGUCCCUCCGCAAGGAGGAAGAAGAGAGCAAACAAGCCGAGCUCGACAUCGCCAUCCACGUGAAGUACAACCCUGGCCAGACUGUGUUGGCCCUGCACUCCCCGUACUGGAUGGUCAACAAGACCGGCCGACUGCUGCAGUACAAGGCAGAUGACAUCCACCGCAAGCAUCCUAAAGAGUAUGACAAACCCCUCCUGUUCUCUUUCAAGCCUCGCAACUUCCUGCAGAACAACAAGGUGCGCCUCAUGGUGUCGGACAGCGAGCUUUCAGAUGACUUCUCCCUGGACACAGUUGGGAGCUAUGGUGAUGUGAAAUGUAAAGGGAGGACCAAAGAUUAUCUGGUGGGGGUAAAAAUCGAUGCCAGCAGUUUCAGUCUGACCCGGAUUGUGACCUUCGUGCCGUUUUACAUGCUGGUGAAUGCAACCAAGCACAUCAUCAAGAUCAGUGAGGAGGGCCAGGAGAACUGGGUCGAGGCUCACCCAGAACAGCAGUCCGCUGUCCCAUUCUGGCCUGAGAAGGAUUCCAAGAAGCUGAGGAUUAAGGUGGAAGGCUGUCAGUCUACGCCUCAUUCCAUCAGUUUCCACAAGCAGGAGAACUGCCUGCUGCUACAUCUGGACAACACGCUUGGUGGGAUCGUGGUGGAUGUGAACCCCACUGAACACUCAACGGUGGUCCGCUUCUCCGACUACCACGAUGGCGCUGCCCCGUUCCUCAUUAUCAACCACACAAAAGAAGAGACUCUGGAAUUCCUCCAGAGCCGCUCGGAGCGGAAAAAGUCCUCAAACUGGGUUGCAGACGAGCUCUUGGAGAUCUCAUUCUCCCCAGGAGAAGAGAACUUCCCCAGCACACAGAAGGAGAAGGAUGAACUUGCUCCAGGGAAGGCAGUCUACUACACCUGGGCAGAGCCCACAGGGUCACGGAUCCUCAAGUGGAAAUGUGGGAAACAUACGGGAGAACUGAAGAGCGAGGAGGACCUGCUUUUGGAUGUGAACAAUGAGGGGAAGCUAUUCCUGAUCUCAUUUUACGAGGGCCUCCAGCGGGUGGCGCUCUUCACCGAGGAGCGGCGCAUCUUCAAGCUGCUCUGCGAGAGUGAGAAAGCUGAACUGGCGGAGCAGGAGAUCAUCCUGUCCCUACAGCACAUGGGCAUCUCGCUGGUGAACAACACCAGCAGGCAGGAGGUGGCCUUCAUCGGCAUCACCAGCUCCGAUGUGGUGUGGGAGUUCAAGCCAAAGAAGAGGUCAAGGUGGAAGAUGAUGAAGGAAAGUUCGCAGCUGGAGAACCACUUCAUGGAGUACAUGGACUGCAGCCCUGUUGAUAACCUGAGCGUGGAGCUGGAGUCCAACCUCCAGGUUUCCUUUACUCCAAAUGGCUUGGAUAUGAGAAUCCUGCAACCCAACAGCUGUCCGCUGAGGAGGACCUUCCUGCCAGCCGUGAAGGUGGAGUACAGUGUGUCGGCCCGUCAGAAGUCUUACCGUGUGCAGAUCAACAGGAUACAGAUCCAGAACCAGCUUCCUGGAGCAAUCUUCCCUUAUGUCUUCUACCCUGUGAAACCCCCAAAAUCUGUCACCAUGGACUCAGAACCCAAACCCCUGACCGACGUCAGUAUUGUAACCAGGUCUGCUGGACGCUCAGAUAUUUCUCGCAUCAAGUACUUCAAAGUGCUGAUCCAGGAGAUGGACUUGAAGUUGGAUCUUGGGUUCCUUUAUGCCAUUCUUGAAGUUUUCACACAGGAGAGCACAAAUGCAGUUUCCUCAGAACAGGAGGUGGAAUUGUUUCUGAAGGACAUUGAGAAUCUGAAGACAGAACUGAACCACGUUUCUGCAGCAGACACUUCGCCCACCAGUCUUUAUGAGUACUUCCACAUUUCACCUAUUAAACUGCACCUGAGCUUCUCCUUGAGCUCUGGGGGUGAGGAUGGCAAUAGAGAGAAGAGAGAGACUGAGGUCAUCCCUGUGCAGUCUCUCAACCUGCUGCUGAAGAGUAUCGGUGCCACACUGACCGACGUGCAAGAUGUCGUAUUCAAACUGGCUUACUUUGAGCUGACCUUUCAGUUCCGAACUAGACAGCAGCUGCAGUGGGAAGUCAUAAGGCAUUACUCUAAACAGGCUAUCAAGCAAAUGUAUGUGCUCGUCCUGGGGUUGGAUGUGUUGGGCAAUCCAUUUGGUUUGAUCAGGGGUCUGUCUGAGGGUGUGGAGGCCUUUUUUUAUGAACCAUAUCAGGGUGCCAUCCAGGGACCAGAGGAAUUUGUCGAAGGUAUGGCCCUUGGUGUGAAGGCACUGGUAGGAGGGGCAGUGGGCGGCAUUGCCGGCGCAGCCUCCCGGAUCACAGGUGCCAUGGCAAAGGGUGUGGCUGCCAUGACCAUGGAUGAAGAGUACCAGCAGAAGCGCCGUGAAGCGAUGAACAAGCAGCCCACUAGUUUUCGGGAGGGCCUGACACGGGGGGGCAAGGGAUUAGUGUCUGGUUUUGUCAGUGGCAUCACAGGGAUCGUCACCAAGCCCAUUAAAGGUGCACAGAAGGAAGGCGCAGCAGGCUUCUUUAAGGGGAUGGGCAAGGGCCUAGUGGGUGCUGUGACACGGCCCACAGGGGGCAUCAUUGAUAUGGCCAGCAGCACCUUCCAAGGAAUCAAGAGGGCAACACAGACAUCCCAGGAUGUGGAAAGCUUGCGGCCACCACGCUUCUUCCACGAGGAUGGGGUGAUCCGGCCCUACAAAGAGAGGGAAGGCAUAGGGAGCCAGAUGUUACAGAAAAUUGAAAACGGACGAUUUGCCAAGUACAAAUACUUCGCUCAUGCCAAGGUGAAUGAGUCAGAUUUCCUGAUGAUUACAAAAAGCUGCAUAUUUUUUGUGACCAAGGGCACAUUUGGACAGUUGACCUGCGAGUGGCAGUACUGUUUCGAUGAGUUCACAAAAGAGCCGAUGAUCGUGGAAGGAAGGCGGCUGCGCAUCGAAGCCAAGGAGAGAGUUAAGUCUGUGUUUCAUGCCAAAGAGUUUGGGAAGAUUAUAAACUUCAGAACUCCUGAAAUUGCCAAGUGGGUUCUUGCUAAACUGGAGGACGCAAGAGAGAGUGUCCCCAAGUGCUAACAGGACACCCCGACUCUCCCAGAGGACGAGAGAGAGCAGACUUCAACCUCCCCCCCCGUCUCCACCAGUGCCUUUAGUGUUCUGUGCUGCAUGACACUAAACUAUUGUGCAAAAACAUGUACUUUUGAGCUCCCUUAAACCAUUCGUAAUUCGCAAGGCUGUUAUUUUUAACUCUGUUGUCGUUCACAAGAGUAAUACGUGUUUUUUUUUUUUUUUUUGACCUUCUCUUUAUAUAUACGGGCUACUUUUUUUCUUUCCAGGGUUUCCAGGCACAAUCACAGGUUAGUUCCAGUCUCAGAACUGAAUAGUUUCCUCCUGAAUUUCAGAUGAACAAACUCCUCCCAAACCCUCAUGUAACAACUGCACAAUCAUGUGCCACAGGUCAGAAUUUAUAGGGACAACUGCCAGCGAGGUGUCACUUUAAUUAGUUUUAUUCCGUUUGUGUGACGUGUCGUUUGUGGAGUCCCGGGGUGGUGUUCUCUCGUGGCCGUUGUGGAGUAGUCCCUCUUGGACACCGAGUGUGUCGCCAUCCAUUAACUCGCUGCGCUGGGAAAAAGUCCAGAGCCCAGGACCGUUUUGGUUUUAGGGAAACGAGCGUGGGUCCGCGGCGCUCGGCUCAGUUCUAACCCUACAAGGCCCGAAUGGCUCAGUCAUAUGUCCUAUUCUGGGCCGAGGAGCACGUUCAAAACGAGAAAAAACAAAGGGGGGUGGCGUUACGCUGGGGCAUUUCCCAGAAUGCCUUUCACUCAGCAUCCUCAUUCUUACAGCACUUUAGUACAUACUGUACACACCUGCUGUUCUGCAUGUGGGCUUUGUCAGCAGAAGCAUGUUACUUUUUCUACUGUGUCUGAAGUCACGCUGCUCUGUAUGUUUUAUCCAGGGCGGCUCUGCAUAUAUACAGUAUAAAUAUAUCAGCGUAUAUGUUUGAAAGCAAAUGCGACAUGUCGUGAAACGCUGGGUGCGAGGGAGCGCUCAUGCAGAGAAGCUAUUUUCAUGCUCGCUCUUGGUGUCUUCUGGCAAUACGUUUGGCGCCUACAGAGAACGACACUAGCGGGAGCUGAUAGAGCUGGACACGCUGUUCGUGCGGCGAUCAUCAGUCUUGGGGUACUUUUCCACAGCGUUCUUCUUGAAAACCGCUGCAGCUGAUUGUUCCUUUGCCUUAAAUGAUGAGGUGGAAAGCCAGUCACUGAACAAGUGCACUGUGAGGAGAUGGAAGAAAAGUGGCACUUUCAUUUAGUUCACCUUUUUUAAAAUAAAGAUAAAACAAAUAUUUGUGCAGUCUGUCUUUAUGGAAUAAUGUGAUAAAUGGUAAUGAUUUUCUUAAGAUAAAUUCCGGUCUUAAAACUCCUGGAAAGUAUUUGGACUAAAAAUUUUUUCCCAUGCACGUUUAGCAGUUAAGCUGCAGACUAUGGCAACAAAAAUGUUUUAAGUUCAAAUCUUGUAUCCACUUUUAAGAACUCUAGAUGAACACACGGCACCAAUGUUAAUAGUGACAUUUAGCUCGCCUGUGAGAUUGUAAUAUAUGUAUUUCUCUUCAAAUAAAAAGCCUCAAAGCACAUUAAUAGUAGACA